ACAACCACACGUACGCGCGCGCGCGCGGCUUGCGCUGAGGAAAGAUGAUAAGAGAGACCGUUUGCUGCUGUUUGCGUGUGAUCUCUGCUGCCGUUUGGAGGAUCCGUCCGUCUGUCAAAGCCAAAAAUGACAAGUGCAGCUUGCAAUCACACAACAUGAGCUCGCACUGGUGGUACAUUUACCUGGUAGCGCUAAGCCUUCUGGCCUGGCUGGUCGACAGUCGGCGGGAGGCCAAGUUUAACUGCACGCUCACGGCCAACUACUACGACUGCCUGUUCCGGGACGUGAUCAUACGCAGCGAGACGGACGCGGACAGCAUUUUCUUCGGCGUGCAAAACUUUAACGACACAAGCAUCGCGUUCCGCGACUCGUCGAUGGUGGUGCUGCCGAAGAAGAUUUUUGAAACAUUCCCCGCCAUCCAGUAUCUGUCGAGUGAUGCGUGCCACAUACAGAAGCUGCUCGGCGGCACCUUUGCGAACGCGCAACGCCUACAGGAACUGCACCUGUACGAUAAUCGGCUAACGCGGCUGAACAACUUUGUGUUCAACGGUGCGCUACAGCUCGAGAUACUGUCGCUGUACAACAACACGAUAAAGCAGCUCGAGGAGCACGCGUUCGAUGGGCUCGGCCAUCUGCGGCUGCUGUACAUGGACGAGAAUCAGCUGGAGAAGCUGCCGGAAGGUAUAUUUUCCGGGCUGGAAGAGUUGCAGAUACUCGAGCUGCAGCACAACCGCAUCAAGGAGAUCAAUGACGAUCAGUUCGUGCUGUGUCCGAUGUUGCGCGAGCUCAACCUGAGCGCCAACAUGAUCAACACGUUCAACAUGUCGCAGCUGCAGUCGCUGAACAAGCUCGAAACGCUCGACAUUGCUCGCAACUAUCUGGACGAGGUGUUCGUUACCAAGUACCUGCGGACGCUCAACGCGCAGGAGAAUCAGAUCAGCCGCAUCCUGAUGGACCAGGGUGACUUCUUCCAGCUGACGCACCUCAACCUGUCCCGCAACAACAUCGCCAACAUUAACAACAUCUUCAAGUUUCGCAAUCUGAUCGAGCUGGACGUAUCGUACAACGAGCUGGUGACGCUCGACUUUGUCAUCUUCGCGUUCAUGAAGAACCUGAAGGACAUCAAGCUGAACAACAACCGGCUCUGGAUACUGGACAACGGUAUACCGUCGCCGGCCAAAUCGCUGCGCAGCCUGAACCUGGCGCACAACAAGUUUCUCUACCUGGACCUGGCCGUGCUCGAUACGUUUCCCGCGCUGGAGUACAUCUAUCUGCACGGCAACGAUCUGAUCGAUAUGCAGAUCGAGGACAUUGACCAAAACUUCCCCUACCUGACGCUCGUGUCCUGCGACAACAACGAUUGGGAUUGUAUCAAUCUGAUGCACAUUGUGACGCAGCUCGAACGGGCGUACGUGAAAUGGUCGAACGGCAACCGGAACUGUACCGGGCCGGAGCAGCAUCGGUUUAUCUGCUGCGCGUCGGCCGAGCAUCAUCUGCGCGAGAAGAUUGUACGGUUGACGCGCGAGAUCUACAAAUCGCGCAAGAUGAUCAAGCAGCUGAUUAUGGAGAAUGCGGAGCUGCGGAGCGAGGUCGAGAUGCAGUAUCUGCCGAGUGAUGGUGCAUGAGCUAGGGAGAGAGAGCGAGAAAGAGAGAGAGAGAGAAAAAGGGAAACAUUAAAAAUUCGUUCUAGGUUCUAGGUCGAGGGUCGAAAGUACGAGAGACAGAUUGAGUUAUUAGUGAGGAUUCUGGAUAUUCUCCAUGCCCUAAUUUAGAAUUUAAUGCAUGAAUAUCUGAACAAAGGUUCAAGCCUCCUUCAGCCAAUAAACGAACAACUAAAAUGGGUCCGUGGGCCCCGUGGUUUAGUGAUACCGACUCCGGUCUCUACAUGCUACCGGUAACAAAUUCCGUCUAGACAUUUCCCCUUGUAGGCACGAUCGAAUAAAGUGAUGAUGAUAGACAGUAAUAGAAGUAAUGAAUAAAACGAGCUUAACAUGCGUGAGUAUAAGAAA